AUGCCUAAUAUUUUCCUUAUUCAACUUCUUGAUUUUGCAUAUUUCUUAGGAUUGAUCGUGAGGGGUUUUACCGUUGCACGGCAGCUGGUGGUAAAAUUUAUGCAAGCAUCUAGACAUGACUAUCGGUCCAUCAUGUUGCCCCUUCUGAAGUCAUUCAUGAGGGCAAAAUUCGAGGCUUUGGUUAACGAAGAUGCAAAGCAGAAGUCAGCUGCUGCAGAAGAAGCAUUUUUAUUAGAGCUUGCACUAGAAGCCAAAAAGAAUGUGAGCAAAGGAGGCAAUAAUACAAAACUUCCACAUGGAAAUCCAAAGGCUAAGAAAAAGGAAAAAAAUCAAAGAAAAGUGAAGGAUUCAAAGGCUACUUGUGGCAGCGAGCUGAAAGAGAAAAUUGAAGAACAAGAUCACUUUCCUGUUGGCUAUGAUGGUGAUUAUCAGAGUUCUGAGAUUGCUGUUGCUGAAAGACCUGAUGAAUUCGAGCUACAUGAAGAGGAACCUCAGCAUGAAAUUGAGCAUGAAGUGGAGGAAAGAAAGCUCGAAGAGAUGUUGGAAUAUCAAAAAAAAAUUGAGGAUGAGGCUAAACAGAAGAAUCUAGCCAAGAAAAAUAAGAAUACAGUUGCAACAAUAACAGAAGAGUUGGAGAAAAUGGAUGUUACUUGCUCAACACUUAGUGAUGAUAGUGGUCCAGGUAUCCCUGUGAGCACUUUGGAAGAAACUAAGGUGCCCAUUGGCUAUGAUGGUGAUUAUCGGAGUUCUGAGAUUGUUGUUUCUGAAAGAUCUGAUGAAUUCGAGUUACAAGAAGAGGAACCUCAGCAUGAAAUUGAGCAUGAAGUGGUGGAAAGAAAGCUCGAAAAGAUGUUGGAGUAUCAAAAAAAGAUUAAGGAUGAGGCUAAGCAGAAGAAUCUAGGGAAGCAAAAUAAGAAUGCAAUUGCAACCAGAACAGAAGAGUUAGAGAAAAUGGCUGUUACUCACUCAACGCUUAGUGAUGAUAGUGGUCCAGGUGUCCCUGUGAGCACUUUGGAAGGAACUAAAUUGCUCGACAAUUCUUCGAAAGUACAAAGGACCACAAGGAGAAGAUCUCAAACCCAUGGCAAGGCCAGGCAAGAGACAUUAGUAGCACAGGAGAGCCUUCCCUCAACAACGAGCCAAAGGGUGCCUCCAAAAGUAUCCUCAGAAGAACUUUUGGUCUGGUCAGCUGAUUUCGCAUUUGGAAAUAUUAGUGUAUCAGAUUUAUUCGGCCCAGGACUGAGAAAUGAUGUUGGUGAAAGCAAUUCCUUUUUAAACGUAGUUAUACAGUCUCUCUGGCAUUUAAGAAAGUUUAGAGAUGAGUUUUUGAGUAGACCAACAUCCAUGCAUGUGCAUAUCGGAGAUUCUUGUGUUGUUUGUGCAUUACACGAGAUUUUCAAUGCCCUAGAUGUGGCAUCUACAAAUAUGACAAAAGAAGUUGUUUCUCCUACCAAUUUAAGAAUUGCUUUGAGCAAGUUGAGCCCUGAUGGUAAUUUAUUCCAGGAAGCACAGAUGAAUGAUGCUUCUAAAGUUUUAAAAGCCAUUUUAAGCUUUCUUCAUCAGUCAUUUACCUCUGGAAGCAAUUGCACAGGCUUGUGGGAUUGUGUUAGUGAUGCUUGUAUAGCACAUACAAUUUUUGGAAUGGACAUAUUUCAAAAAAUGAACUGUCACAGCUGUGGUAUUGAAUCUGAACAAAUGAAGUUUACUACUUUUUCCCACUUCAUACGUGCUGUAGCACUCAGGGGAAUGAAGUGUUACUAUGCGGAGAGACCUUUUGAUGAGCUUUUGGAGCUUGCGGAAACCCAUCAUUAUAGAAUGUGUGAUCCUGAGGUUGGCGGCUGUGGAAAAUUAGACAAUGUCCACAAUAUUCUUUCAACUCCGCCACAUGUGUUCACAACAGUUCUUGGUUGGGAGAGUCGUAGUGAGCCUGCAGAUGAUAUAUCUGCAACAUUGAGAGCCCUGAGUACUGAGAUAGAUAUUGGUGUCAUGUAUGAGGGUGUAGAUCCAGGGAAGAUAUAUUCCCUUAUUUCAAUGGUUUGCUAUCAUCGGGAACACUAUAUCUGCUUCGUUUACAACCAUGAGUAUAAAAAGUGGAUUAUGUAUGAUGAUGAAACUCCGGAGGUUAUUUUCUGUUGGGAUGAUGUUCUUACCAAAUGUGAAGAAGGGUGUUUACAACCUCAGGUUCUAUUUUUCGAAGCUGUAAAGUAGUUUUUCUUUGGAUACAUCGUUGGAAUACAUAACAGUUAGGCAGUUAAACUUGUUAGCAUUUCUGAUAAAAC